AUGGCCACAUAUAGCUUGGCUAAUGAGAGGCUCCGUGUCUUGGAGGAAAUUGAGAAGGAGAUUGCUGCCAUCUUGCUGAACGCAGGAAAUGUAAUUUUGGAACUUUCCAAAGAAAAGCCAAAUGAACGUCUCCUAGACAGGCAGGCUGCUCAGUUCACGGCUUCCAUGCAGAAGGUGGAAUCUGAGCUUUCAGGACAGAUCCGUUAUCUUACACAGGUAGCCACGGGGCAGCCGCAUGAAGGCUCCAGUUACAGUGCACGCAAAGAUGGCACAAUGGCUCUUAACAGAAUCGAUUAUGCUCGGGUAAAGCUAUCAGAACUAUGCCGAACAUGUGAACAGAUGCUGGAACAACCUUGA